GGAUAUUUUAUGAUAACUUGGACAACCCCAAGUGGGUAUGGGUGCUGAAGAAAGACCCUACGAUCAAACCAAAUAUAUACCCCCCCUACGACAGCAGAUGGAGGCACGCCAGAGCAAAGAGAAUGGAGGACAAGGAAACGGGGUAUAUCACUAUACCAAUGUUGGACAAUACGAGAUUGAAGCUCAUGACUGACCUACACACGGUAGGGAAAAAUGCAGAAAUAGCUUUUUUGGAGAAUGCAGCGGCCAGGCCGCAGCAGCAGGAACAACAAGGGGGUAAUGAAGAGGUUACAGGGAAAACAGGGGAAGAACAUGGGGAAAACAUGGAGUGCGGUGAGGAGGAGGGGAAGGGUACAGGCGGAGGAAGCCAACCUUUGAAGAGGAAGGAGUCGUCGAGGGGAACGGAUGAGUCAAAGGAACAGGAGGGGACGACACAACAAGGGAAAAGACAGCACAAGAGUACAUCAGCAGAGGGGAGCACAGAUGAAGGACAAGAGGAAGGAACCACGCAUGAUACAGCGACGUCAGGGAGCAUUAGUCAGGGGGGAGAAGAUAAGGAAGUAUCUCAGGGUCCAGUCACACCAUUGGAAUUUGAUAGGGAAAACGAGGAAAGAAGGAGACAAAUGCGAAAUGCAGAAAACAUGACGGAAAAGGAAAUUCUGCAGGCGGACGAAGAUCAGAGGGAUGGUCCAGAGGACAUGGAUUCGUCAGAAGAAGGGGAGGAGCAGGAGGGGUCAGAGGAAGAAGACUUGUCCUUAGAACAGUGGAUUCAGGAAGUUGAGCAGUUGGAAUGGGGGAGGAAGAUCGAGUGUGAGAUCAGGCUGGCUCAUCACAAACAUUUGAGGAAUCUCAAACAGGCAACACAGGUGGCAGAGGACAUCACCUCAAAGAAUAGAUUUGAGUUACUGAGGCGGGAAGGGGAAAUCAAUGAAUUCUAUGCUGCUCAGUAUGCAACUAAGGCUCGUCCAGUCAAGGAUGACAUUCACAUCCAGCAAGAGGAAUACGCAAAGAUAUUUCAAUGGCCAAAGACAUAUCACAACAAAGAAGGAAAGGGGGAAAGCAAGAAAAGGAAGGCACGGAGGGAGGAAGAACAAAGUAGCAGUGUGGGGCUGGGGGAAGAAACAGUCCGAUACAUAAGGGAUAAGAGAAUUAACGCUGCAAUAUUGUUUUUCGAUUUCGAAAAAGCGUAUGAUCAGGUCAAGCACCUCUGGGAAGAAGGGGAAAGGAGAUGGAAAACGGUUGCAGAACUGAGGAGACAACUGAAAGGAUGUCACAAGUUGCAGAAAAAUCUGGGAACGAUCAUAGAAGCCAUACCGCAAGCAUGGAAGCAGCUGCUGCUGGUCGGAAAACAAUGGGGCAUGGGGGAUUGGGCCACAUGGGAAGAUGUAAACGAACCCAAAGAGGUCUUCAGAGUUUGGAGCAUGGAAAACUCCAGGCCCGAUUGGCUAAUACCGGAUAAGUACGAUAUACUUCAGCCGCGCAACACCACGUCCCAACUAGAUAUGACGACCAAAGCACAGUUGAACAUUCUUAAACAGUAUUUGACGAAGGUGAGAGUGAUAGAGACAAAGGAGUUUACGGUGUACAAUUCAACAGUGGCAAUUGAGGAACUGGAAGUAGACCCGGCGGAAUGGGCAUGGAACAUCAGAAGUGGUCAACCAAGGAUUUCCAGGAGAAUAAACAUUCUACAUUACACCACAAGAAUAGGGUACAGGUUGAGGAACCGAUCUUAUUCCAUGACAUCGACUCUGCUCAACCGAUGGGAGAAGAGAGUGGGGGUCCCCAGAGGUCAAUUGCCAAAAAUUCCUUGGGCAAACAUAGGGACCAUAAGGCUGGGUCAGGUUAGGAGUAUGCAGUGGCUAAUAGCCCAUGUUGCGCUCCCAGUGAAUGUCUGGCUCAAUGAAAGAAGAAGUCAUAGGCAGAGGAGUGUGGAAAGUGAGAUAUGCAGGGUAUGCCAAGAAGGAAUUCCAGAAACAAUGCUGCAUUGCCUGCUGGAGUGCGCAGGGGCAGUGGCGAUGUGGGACGAAGCUAGAGGGAUCUGGAGUCAAGUAGCUGGGAUUGCCUUCCCGGGCUCAAAGAUCGCAUUACUGCUGGGUGUAGGGGUGCCCAAGCAGUGGCAACCCUUUCAGAGGCAUAUCUUUCAGUUGUUACGCCAAUAUGGUCUCUGGACCAUUUGGAAGCGUCGAUGCCAGGCCACAAUUGAGGGAACAUUAAUGCACAGGCAGGAGGCCAGGGAGAUUUUCCUCACGCUCACUGAAACGCAUCUCAAGGCCCAGUGGAAAAGGGUGAGGCGGCAGGCACGACAACAGCCAGAGCAAGAGGAGGAGAUCAUGAAGCGAUUCAAGCAGAACGUACUAGGACAAGGGGCAGUAGCAAAUAUUCACGGCGCACAAUUGGUGUUUAAAUGGAGAGGGAGUGUGGAGGAUAUCAGGUCAGGAGGAUAGGGAGGAAUAUAGGGUUUAAGAAUCGAAAAAAGGAUUCAGGGUUUAAAGGGAUGUUGUCAGAAGGGAGUAGAGAGACUGUAGAAUUCAAGAGAGAUGGACAAAUAAGGGAGAAUGAAAAUGAGAAAGGUCA